ACUCCUCUGACCAAACCCAUCCUCAACACACAAGAAUCAUGAGCUGCUGCGGCUGUUCUGGAGGCUGUGGGGGCUGCGGCUCCAGCUGUGGGGGCUGCGGCUCCAGCUGCUGUAUGCCUGUUUGCUGCUGCAAGCCAGUGUCCUGCUGUGUGCCAGCCUGUUCCUGCUCCAGCUGUGGCUCACUUGGGGGCAGCAAGGGGGGCUGUGGCUCAUGUGGGGGCUGUAAAGGGGGCUGUGGCUCAUGUGGCUGUUGCCAGUCCAGCUGCUGUAAACCUUGUUUCUGCUCCUCAGGCUGUGGACAAUCCUGCUCCCAGUCCAGCUGCUGCAAACCCAGCUGCUGCCAGUCCAGCUGUUGUGUCCCUAUUUGUUGCCAACGCAAGAUCUGAUGUAAUAGCCAGCCCUCAGUUGAUCUCUCCCAUCUGCUACCGCUGGUGAGACCCCUGGCAUCCUUCAGACCUGUCUUCUGCAUUUGCCUGUAUCCACCACAUCAAACACCAUUCACCUGAGUGACCAUCCUGGGAGAGAAUCUCACUCCAGGCAAGGGCACAGUCAAGUGCUCACCAACAGCCCUCUAAGAAGCAAGAGGCCACAGCUGGCCUUUCUGACCCCUCUGAGGUCCAUUACCUUCCACUCCCAGGAAAUGGCCCUCAUGUUAGGGGUCUACCAGAGGCCCCUCAAAACAUCUACCACCUGUCUUCUCAAUAAGAAAAAGCACCAUCUCUGACCUCAUCCAAGCCACUUCUUCCUACCACCACGUAACCCAGCCCAGUGGAGUGAUAAGGUUCCAUAUUUAUAUGUUAAAAUGCAAUAAAAUUUCUUU